AUGCUCAGAGGCUUAGCACUCGCGUUUUCCGUGAGCUUCUUCUCUUGCCACCUGACGUCUGUUGCUUCCCUAGCUUCCCCCGGUGGCCAUGGCUUCCUCCAAUGCCUACGGGAGAAGAUACCCAGCGAGCUGGUGUACACGCAGAGCUCCAGCAACUUCACUGACGUGCUGUUCUCCUCCAUCAAGAACCCCAAGUUCUUCACCACCGCCACGGCGAGGCCGCCGCUCUGCAUCGUGACGCCCGGCGACGCCUCCCACGUCCAGGCCGCUGUGCUGUGCGGCCGCAGGCAGGGCGUGCGCCUCCGUGUGCGCAGCGGCGGGCACGACUACGAGGGCCUGUCGUACCGCUCGACGCGGCCGUCCGAGGUGUUCGCGGUGGUCGACCUCGGCGCCAGCCUCCGGGCCGUGCGCGUCGACUGGCUCGAGUCCACGGCCUGGGUCGACUCCGGCGCCACCAUCGGGGAGCUGUACUACGCCAUCGCGAGGAACAACUCCCGGGUCGCGUUCCCGGCCGGCGAGUGCCCGACCGUCGGCGUGGGCGGCCACUUCAGCGGCGGGGGCAUCGGAAUGAUGACGCGCAAGCAUGGCCUCGCCGUCGACAAGAUCGUCGACGCCAGGCUGGUCAACGCCGACGGGGACCUCCUAGACAGGGCCGGCAUGGGGGAGGACCUUUUCUGGGCCAUCCGCGGCGGCGGCGGAGGGAGCUUCGGCAUCGUGCUCUCGUGGAAGGUCCAGCUCGUGCAGGUCCCGCCGACGGUGACUGUGUUCAACAUCGGGAAGACGGUCGACCAGGGCGCCCUGGAAAUCCUCACCAGAUGGCAGCACGUCGCACCGUCGCUCCCCAGCGACCUCACCAUAAGGGUGAUCGUAAAGCAAGGGCAGCAGGCUCUGUUCCAGGCCGUUUACCUCGGCGCGUGCGGCGCGCUGGUGGCGACGAUGGACAAGCAGUUCCCGAAGCUGGGCAUGACGAGCGCCGACUGCCAGCAGAUGACCUGGCUGCAGUCCGCGGCCACGCCCUUCCUCAGCUUCGCCAGCAAUGGCACGCUGGAGGAAGUGCUCCUGGACAGGACCGUCUGGACGAGCGCCUUCACCAAGGCCAAGUCCGACUACGUCCUGCGCGCCAUCCCAAAGGCCGUGUGGAAGGACAUCUUCUCCCGCUGGUUCGCCAUGGACGGCGCGGGGGACAUCAUCCUGGAGCCCCACGGCGGGUUCAUGGAUAGCGUCCCUGCCGCCGCCACGCCAUACCCGCACCGGAACGGCGUGCUGUACGUCAUCCAGUACAUCGCAUCCUGGCAGCAGCAGGGUGACGGCGGCGCUGCGGCCAAGAGCUGGAUCGACGGCUUAUACGACUUCAUGGGGCAGCACGUGUGCAAGAAUCCGAGGCGGGCGUACGUGAACUUCCGCGACCUGGACAUCGGCCAGAACGACGACGACGACGGCACCUUCGAGAGCGGAAAGGUCUGGGGCGAGCGGUACUUCGUGGGCAACUACCGAAGGCUAGCGGCGGUGAAGGCCGCCGUAGAUCCGACGAACUACUUCAGAAACCAGCAGAGCAUCCCGCCGCUGAUGGAGACGACGACGACGCAAGUGAUCUAG